AUUAAAGCUGAGGCAGAGAGAGGGACAGAGUUUCAGAGUGAGACUUCUGAUCAACAGGCCGGAGCUUAAGUCAACAAAGACUUUUGUUUCUCUGUGACCACUGAGAGAGAAGGAGGAGAGGGUCCUGUUCACAGUCAGGAUGAAGCUGACACUGCUGUGCUUCGGUUUUCUACAUUUGUCCAUCGUCACUGAGGGACUCUUCUCCCGCAGCGAGCUCACAGACAGCAGCUCUCUGACCAGCAGCAGCGACAGCAGAGCACAGCUCUCUCCAAACACAGGAUCUCCUAACCCCAGCAGAAAGAGGCCGCUGUUUGCACGGAGAGGACAGUAUGAACGACAAAGAGUUCAAGCGUCGAAGCCCAAAAAACUUCCUCUCAAAGAUGCCCCCCCUCCUCCUGAUGCAGCGCCCAAACCUGUGAGCCUUAAGUGCUCCCAGCUCAGACAGAGCUGUGUGCCGCAGUCAGGCUGCUGUGACGCCGGAGCAACGUGCCGCUGUCGCUUCUUCAACACUAUCUGCUUCUGCCGGAGGACAGCCUCAUUGCAAAAGAAGAAAACGUGAAAAAAAAAAAAAACAACAACAACACAGACAUGAAAAAUAAACUCAGACUCACUAAUGAACAUAGAUGCAUUUAUUCAUCAUGUUUUAGACAUCGACAGCCUUUGUACACAGAUUUAGGCAUCAAACUCAUAUAAGUAGUGAACAUGUAUAUGAAGACAUUGUAAUGAUUUCAUGCCUGUUGUUAUUGGCAGCUGCUUUGUAAAACAAGUAUUAACUGGUCGCCAUGACAAAUUCAUUCUUAUCUGAAUUUUCUUUACUGUGCUUUUUCAUAUUAUCAUUUAUUUGUAUAUUUUUUGUUAUUAUUAUCAUUACUGUUUUAUAUUUUUAACACUUCUGACAACAUUUUAGCAUUAAAUGAGCAUUCUAGUGUUAUGGCUUUGGCUUUUUUUCUUUAACGUAUUACUAUAUGUAUGGCAGACCUGCAAGGUCAAAAUAGACAAUGCCCGCUCAUUUAGGAAAAUAUGUUCAACGAUUUGAAAAAAUCAUUUACAUAAAAUUUAAAAAAAUGUCACAAUAAAGUCAAUAAAUCAAAGAUGAA